AUGGCCCCUCCCAGUGUGUUGAUGGUCGGUACCGGCGAAUACACAACCGGCUAUGUCGGCGGUGGCGCCUCAGGUUCAGACAAGAAAGUCGGCGUCGUCGGCCUGACGCUGUUUGAUCUUCGCCGUCGCGGUAAAGUCGGAGACCUGAGCAUGGUCGGCGUUUCAGGGCGCAAGUUCCCAGGAAUUCGCGAGCACCUCCACAAGAACAUCACGCAGGUCUAUAACAACCUCGAUACAAGCUUUACCUCUUACCCGGCGGACGACGCCACCGAUCCAGACGCCUAUAAGGCGGCCAUUGAUGCCCUCCCCAAGGGAUCUGCCAUCACAAUCUUCACCCCCGACCCUACCCAUUUCUCCAUCGCCCUCUACGCCAUCGAACGCGGGAUCCACGUGCUGGUCACCAAGCCCGCCGUCAAAACCCUCCCCGAACACAUCGCGCUCCUCGAGGCUGCGCAAAAGCAUAAUGUCUUCGUCUUUGUCGAGCACCACAAGCGCUUCGACCCAGCUUACUCCGACGCCCGCGCGAAGGCGAAGAACCUCGGCGACUUCAACUACUUCUACUCAUACAUGAGUCAGCCAAAAUUCCAGCUCGAGACGUUCAAGGCGUGGGCAGGCAAGGAAAGUGAUAUCUCCUACUAUUUAAACAGUCACCAUGUUGACAUUUGCGAUUCCAUGGUUGGCAAUGACUACACGCCCGUCAGGGUGAAUGCGAGUGCGUCAAAGGGCACCGCUGUAGAGUUGGGCUGUGUGCCCGAGACAGAGGAUACUAUUACGCUCCUCGUGGAUUGGAAGCAUAAGACGCAACCAGGGAAGGUGGCGACAGGCGUGUAUACGGCGUCCUGGACGGCGCCGCAGAAGGCUGGCGUUCAUUCGAACCAGUAUUUCCAUUACAUGGGUGCUACAGGCGAGAUCCGCGUCAACCAAGCAAAGCGCGGCUACGACGUAACAGGCGACGACUCCGGCCUCGCCUGGAUAAAUCCGUUCUACAUGCGUUACGCCCCCGACGAAGAGGGCAACUUCGGCGGGCAGACAGGCUAUGGUUAUAUCAGUUUCGAGAAAUUCAUUGACGCCAUCACAGCGCUUAAUGAAGGAAGAGUCACCUUGAAGGAGCUGGAUAAUCGACCACUGCCCACGCUGAAGAACACGAUUGCUACGACUGCGAUUUUGCAUGCAGGAAGGGUGAGUUUGGACGAGAAGAGGGCUGUUGAGAUUUUCGAAAAGGACGGGAAGUGGGAGCUUAGAUAGAGGCAUGAAAGGAAUAGG